UGGAAAUAUGUUGUAAAGCGCGUUACAGGAAAGAGAGAGAGAGAGAGAAAGAAGUCGUCCCUCUGUCGGGCCACGUCCCUCGUUCGCCUCUAACCUCCAUGUUCGUUCCGCAGUUAGGUUUACAGCUUCCUUCGCUCAUGGCCGCCGUUCACUCACCAUCAACUCCUUCUUUCACCACCACCGCCGUCCUCCCGUAACAUUUUUUUCCUUCGUUUUCACUUUCGUACCAUGUUUUCUUACCUCAGCAAUGCCUUGGUGGCAGAACAUUGCCUUCUCUUCUCCCUCUUCCUCCUCUUCCACGUCUUCGUCGCGGCGCCGUCUCACCCGUGCCAGGAAGCUCCGUCAUGUGCGGGGCAAUCACAUUGACGCACUUGUGAGAUCGCGAAGUUCAGCGGAGCCCAAGGAUCUGUUGCCGUUGCCCUCUUCGUCUUCCAGUUUCGACCAUUCGUCUGAGCGCCUGUCGUCCGUGGUGCCGCAUCCGCUGCCGCGCCCGGAAUUGGCUCUGCUUUUUCGUCGCAACGGCGGCUCCAAUUCGAAUUUGAAUUGUGAUCGCCCUCUUCCUUCGCCUAAAGAGGGCCUGAGCAGAGGCUUUGAGGACCGGGAUAAAGGAAAUAGUUUUGUAGGAGAUGGGAAUGGAGAGGUGGCGGUGUCAAGCACCGCAACUGACAGUAAGGUUGCUUACAAUGAAGCCCGAAAGAGUAUGGAGCAAUUUGACACACUGUCAUCUAGAUACCUGCCUCAAGGUCAAAAUAGUGUGAAAAACAAUCGAGUCAACUUCAAGCUCGAUGUUCCUACUAGGAGUGCUCCAACUAGCUCCCUCUCAAGUCCUGCAGUAAGUCCACAAAGAACAAGUACUGGGAAUUGGUUCCUUUCUCAAAAUGUGUCUCCUCAAGUAUUUCAAGGUUGGUCAGCACCAGAGAUGCCUGUCUUUGAUAUGGUCACAGGCUUCACUCCUCAAAUGUCCCCUGAGCAAACCAUGUUUAGUACGGAUAAUUCUCCCCUUCACAGUCCAACAGUAAAAAGUCCCCAUGUAAAUCCCCGAAGCCCCAGUGGACCUGCAUCACCGUUGCAUCCAAAAAUAUCCCUUGAAACCUUAACAGCACGGCGUGAAAAUAAUAGCCAUGCCAAUGUUCAUCGGUUACCUCUUCCUCCAGGAGUGGUGGCACCUCCACAGGCAUCUUCUAUUCAUCCUGUUAUUGCUAAAACAGAGUCAUUUCCAAUGACAACCCAAUGGCAAAAAGGAAAGCUCAUUGGGCGUGGAACAUUUGGAAGUGUUUAUGUUGCCACCAAUCGAGAAACUGGAGCUCUAUGUGCAAUGAAAGAAGUUGAAUUGCUUCCUGAUGACCCAAAAUCUGCAGAGAGUAUAAAGCAGUUAGAGCAGGAAAUUAAAAUUCUUAGCCAACUAAAGCAUCCAAACAUUGUGCAGUAUUUUGGUAGUGAAACAGUUGAAGACCGGCUUUAUAUAUACCUGGAAUAUGUUCAUCCUGGUUCAAUUAAUAAAUAUGUCCGUGAACAUUGUGGAGCUAUUACAGAAUCUGUUGUUCGCAAUUUUACUCGCCAUAUUCUUUCUGGGCUGGCUUACUUACACAGCACAAAGACAAUACACAGAGACAUCAAAGGGGCUAAUUUGCUUGUUGAUGCAUCUGGAGUUGUUAAGCUUGCUGACUUUGGGAUGUCUAAACAUCUAACUGGAGCAGCAGCUGAUCUUUCUCUAAAGGGAAGUCCAUACUGGAUGGCUCCAGAGCUCAUGCAAGCUGUGAUGCAGAAAGAUCAUAGUUCUGAUCUUGCCUUUGCUAUUGAUAUAUGGAGUUUGGGUUGUACUAUUAUUGAAAUGCUGAAUGGAAAACCUCCUUGGAGUGAGUAUGAAGGGGCUGCUGCUAUGUUCAAGGUUAUGAGAGAAUCCCCACCCAUACCUGAAACAUUGUCGUCGGAAGGCAAGGAUUUCUUACGUUGUUGCUUUCGAAGAAAUCCUGCAGAGAGGCCUCCAGCUAUCAAGUUACUGGAACAUCGUUUCCUGAAAAACUCAACACAGCUGGAUGUGCCACUUCUCACCCAAGCAUUUAGUGGAAUGAAAUUGCCGGAUAAAGCUAACAAAUCAAGAGAGAAGUCAAAUGAUAGAGUUGAUCCGGUGCCAAUAUCUCCAAGGAAAAAAACCUCAAAAGGAAAAAAGGCCAGUGGAACUGGCCAACAAUCUCAUCGUGAAACUUCCGACUUAACAGUGGCCUCUCAUCAUUCCCCACGCUCUACCCUCGAGGCCCUUCCUAGUUUAUCUCCUCCGCAUUCGGGUCAGAGAGCAUAUCAUCUCAGCCCUCCUGCAAAUGUUCCCAGCCCUAUUAAUUAUGGUGCUAAAAAGAAGCGUACGUGGGGGUGAAUCAUCAUUUUCCCUUUUUACACGGGCGUUGCUGAUACGGCGGCUCUCGUCAACAACUGCUUCAUAGAUCUCCUCGCGGCUAUAGUGAGUAGCAAUAGUAGGUCCUGGGCCUCAUUUUGAUCGAUGACACCUCGUCUAUGAAUUAGCAAAGCUUCUUUGUCCUGGAGCUUAGUAUGGACUGGGAGAUCUAGAAUCAGGUUUUGUAUGUACACUAUUUACUAAUUUAGAGCUACAGCGAUUACAAAGCUCUUUUACCAUGACACUUGCCAGUGUAAUAUUCUCACCUCCUUGUACAAUCGGAAGAGCCAAGUGAACGUGUAGAUAUUGGAUGGUUAAAGCUGCCUCUGUAUUCACCGUUCACUUUCAUUUUUACGAACAACUCAACGUGACAGUUUGAUAUUAGUCGUUUCAUUUCUAAA